AUGGCCGAGCGAAACCAGUCAUUCGAGCAUGAGAUUGGCUACAAUUUCAAUUCACAAGCCCUCUUGGAAGAGGCAUUGCGAGCGCCUGGAAACACUACUCCUGGCGAUAAAUCUUUGGUCGGGAACAAGAGGCUCGCGCUUGUUGGGGAUUCCGUUGUAGCAGUAAUGCUUCUGGACCGCUGGUACAAAGGAGGCAGUAGUACCGUCGAGGCUAUUAUAGGCGCCAUUUGGCUUGAUUCUGGAAGAAAUGCAGCUCAAGUCGAUCUUGUCAUGGAGAAAAUGGGUCUCUAUGCUGACUGA